GUGGCCGGCUGUUAGCACCAUCUUGUCUCCCUGCCACCUUUCCCCUUUUCUUCUAACAUUUUGUUUUAUUUUCAAAAAACAUUAGUAUAUUAAAAUCAGUGGGGUUUUUUUUUUUCUUUCUUUCUAUAAAUACUUCCUACUUUGUCCCUUUAUCCUCACUUUAACGAGCCUCCAUCUCUCUUAAAACCGCAAGACUUUUCCUAUCAAACAAACAUAUAUCUGUGAAAAAAUGGUUGCUAACUUAGUUUCUCUUGCUACUAUUUCUCUCUUCGCUCUACACAUUCUUGGAUUGAAUGUUGCUAUGGCUGAUUAUGGAGGGUGGCAAAACGCUCAUGCCACCUUCUACGGCGGUGGCGAUGCUGCCGGCACAAUGGGAGGGGCGUGUGGAUAUGGCAACAUGUACAGCCAAGGCUACGGCACCAACACCGCCGCAUUGAGCACGGCUCUCUUCAACAACGGGCUGACGUGCGGGGCGUGCUACGAAAUGCGGUGCACGGGCGAGCGCCGGUGGUGCUUGCCGGGCACCGUCACGGUCACCGCCACCAACUUCUGCCCUCCCAACUUCGCCCUGCCUAACAACAACGGCGGCUGGUGCAACCCGCCUCUCCAACAUUUCGACAUGGCGCAGCCCGCCUUCCUCCAAAUCGCUCAGUACCACGCCGGCAUCGUCCCCGUCGUCUUCCGAAGGGUGGCCUGUGUGAAGAAAGGCGGAAUUAGGUUCACCAUCAACGGCCACGCAUACUUCAACCUGGUUCUAAUCAGCAACGUCGCGGGUGCAGGGGACGUCCAUGCGCUGUCAAUCAAAGGGUCCAAAAGCGGCUGGCAAACCAUGUCCAGAAAUUGGGGUCAAAAUUGGCAGGGCAAUUCCUAUCUCAACGGCCAAGCUCUCUCUUUCCGCGUCACCACCAGUGACGGCAGAACUCUCACCGCAUACAACGUGGCGCCAGCUAAUUGGCAGUUCGGCCAGACCUUCCAAGGCGGUCAAUUUUAAAAACAGUUGAUACAUUCGUAUAAAUCUACGGUCUAUCGUAUUUUCAUUUAGCGGGAAAAUUAAUAGGAUUAUAAAUCGACGACAGAAAUUGAUGAUAUGUAUGUAUUUGGUGAAUAUUAUGUAUGUGAGGAGCUUUACGAGAGAUCUGAUUGGUAGGUAAAGAGAGGGAUAUUUCAUGAUCGAUCUCAUUAGUUCAAGCAGAGGUAGCUUAUUAUUACCCGCUUGGCCUUAUUUGCGUCUGUCUUUUUUAAAGGGAUGCUGCCAUUUUGUUCCUACUAUUAUUGAUAUAUAAAUUGAAAUGCUUCAUUAA